AUGAAACUCCCAAAAAUUUACGGUUUGAUUCGUAUUGAAAAGUUUUCACAGAAAGUUAAACUUGAGGUUUUUCAAAAAAAACACAAAAAAUUGGGGAAUUCAAUUUUUUCUGGAAUUUUUAAAAACAAGCAAGCCAUGAUUUAUGUUUUAGGUAUGUACUGCUCGUGCUACGGAAUGAUGCUCUCUCUGCUCACAAUUAAUUUCUACUAUCGUUAUCUUUCUGUGACGUGUCCUUCAAAACUUUCAAGGUUCUCGCUGAAAUUUGUUCCUAUUUGGACAUUCAUCGUACUUAUUAACUCAUUUGCGUGGUUUUCAAUUUGCUAUUUUGUGAAUGGCCCUUCAAAAAUGAAAGAUCUACAUGUAUAUCCAGAAUUUCUGAAAUCGUACUGCAUGAAGCCAGAUGAGUUUGCCUAUGCAUCAGCUCAGUAUUUUUAUGAAGAUCCAGUCACUGGGGAACUGACGAUUCAUUUUCGAUCCCUUCUCGCCACUGGAGCAAUGGCUAUGAUUAUGACUUUUACUCUCAGUGCAAUACUAUAUUUUGGAAUGCAAACUUAUAAGCAUUUGUACAGACUUAGCUCCAUAGCUGGCUUGGAUAAUCGGGAAAUUCAAAAUCAGCUCUUCCGAACUCUGGUUGUCCAGACAGCUAUCCCAUUUAUCUUCAUGUACUUUCCAGUUUCUGUGAUGUUUCUAUUGCCGUUAUUUGGUAUCAAAGUCGAGGAGCUGGGAAAUAUCGUUCCAAUUUCUGUUGCGAUAUAUCCUUGCUUCGAACCACUGGUUGCAAUGUUUUUUAUUAAAAACUUCCGGUACAGAAUUAUUGGUGAGAAAUUAAAUGAAAAUUUGGCAAAAAUUAAACAAUUUUGCAGGUGUGAUCACUUGCAACAAAGUGAAGAAAACGACUCUAGUAUCAGUGCAACCAAUGGCUAA